AUGCAGCUCCUCCGGCUGGCCUGGGCUCUGACUGCCGCUGCGGUCUGCUUCCUGCUCCUCCUGCUGCUCCACAACCACAUCCUCAGAGAAGGUCAGCUGGCGGCGGGGACCUGUGAGAUUGUCACCCUGGAUCGGGACAGCAGCCAGCCGAGGAGGACCAUCGCCCGACAGACGGCCCGCUGUGCCUGCAGGAAGGGACAGAUCGCUGGCACGACACGAGCCAGACCCGCCUGUGUGGACGUCCGUAUCGUGUGGAGUCGACAGUGGUGUGAAAUGUCUCCAUGUUUGGAUGACGAAGGUUGUGAUCUCCUGGUCAAUCAGUCGGGCUGGACCUGCACGCAACCAGGAGGCCGAGUCAAGACCACCACGCGCUUCUCCUCCGGUGGGAACUUGUUGUUGUAAAGAUGGACAGCAGAGCGAGGAGGUGCUUGCCGU